AUGAAAUUUCGUUUUCAAAAAACUUACAGAACCUUCUGGACCAAGAAGCAACGUGGAAACGUGUCGAACACGAUCAGAACACAAUACGGUAAGAUUUUCAUUCUACUUUUCGGAGGGCCUGAAGGCGGCUUUCAGUGAGCGCGCACCAUCCUUUUCUAUUCGCCAUUUUGAUGGGGCAUUAAUGAAAAUAAUUACUCAAACGCCAGGCCUUGUCUGACACACACAAUAUUACUAUGCUCUUGUUUCCAUAUUGAGGUAAUUCCAAUAUUGUUGUCUCAAUCGUUCCCCUGGCGUUCCUGUUCAGCUCCAAAUACGCAAUUCCAGAGAGCUCUAGCGAAAAUUAGAUGCAAAAACGCGAUUAAAGGCAGCAUUUGACAUUACUUCCCUGUGUUUGCACGCCGUUGCAACAAAAAUUCAUUUGUUCAUGUUUUGCAGUCGUCAUCGGAUGUAUUCGAAUGUUUCGAACACGGCACGUCUUCCUACUCGCCGUCCUUCUGGCUUCUGCUAGCGCGCAAAAUCUGACCCCUGAGACGUCAUCCGCCGAACAGUCAUUAGAGGUCAGUUCCAAUCUGAGAAAUCAGAUUUUCCCCUCUCGCAAUGCAAAUUUCAGAGUUACUAUUGGAAACUUUACGUUCAGAAUAAUCUGAUUCUCAGUGAACUCAGAGAACGAUAUAAAGAGGUGGUGAUUGAGCGGAGGUGUUUAUAUAUGUCAAAUUUCUAACAUGUAGCAUGGUUGCGCGGAAUCACUUCUACCUCUUUUUCUAAAAACGCAUGCAUAGAGUGAACAUGGAAACUUCUGAACUUCUAACCAUUCUGUAUUGCCAUACAGUUUUUUUUCUCUUUAUGAUACCCUUUGAUUUUUAGGAAAACAAACUUUUUCCUCUGCCGCCCACAACUCCAUUUCCCAGCAGUGCUGUGGUAGCAAUGUACAUUCCCAAACGUUUCUUAUUAAGUGUAUUGUAGGCGGCCACUUUGGAAGAUGACGAAGAACAGUGUACUUCGGAUAAAACAAUCAUUGAGAAGCUGCUGAACAACUACAAAUCCUUUAGAACACCUUCUGAAACGGGUGUCAUUGUGUGGAUUGAAGUGAGGAGAAAUGGACCUUGCACGUAAAAGAAAGAACUGUUUUAGGUAUGGGUACAAGAAGUGAAUUCCGUGAAUGAAAUCACAAGUGACUUUGACAUGGACAUCUACGUCACUGAGCUCUGGAUGGACACCGCACUUCGCUACGAGCACUUGAAUCCGUGCAAGUACAACCUCUCAUUGAACUCUGAAGUGAGCAUUUGGUUUCCCCAUUGUAAAAGAACCGCUUAAAUUUGCAGAUUCUAGACCAAAUCUGGAAACCGAACACGGUUUUCAUCAACAGUAAAUCAGCAAGCAUUCACAAGUCUCCUUUCAAAAACGUGUUUUUAAUGAUAUAUCCGAACGGAACAGUAUGGGUAAACUACCGAGUGCAAGUGAAAGGUCCGUGCACGAUGGACUUCAGUGCGUUUCCGAUGGACCAGCAGUCUUGCCAUCUGACUCUAGAGUCGUUUAGUUACAACAAUCAAGAGGUGAGACAUCCGGCUGAUUAGUCAUAAUUUGAACGUUUCUCAGGUGGACAUGCAAUGGAUGAACUGGACCAUUCCAUUGUCUCUUCUCAAAAAGGAAAUAGUGCUUCCCGACUUCGUCAUGUCCAAUUACAGCACUUCCUUGAAACACGAGGUUUUGUCACUACUCAACACAUUCUCAGAACACUUUGAAUUUCAGAUUUAUCCGGCUGGUGUCUGGAACGAGCUCACAAUGACAUUUGUGUUCAGCAGGCGUUACGGGUGGUACAUAUUCCAAGCAUACAUUCCAACGUAUCUAACAAUAUUCAUCAGGUUAACAAAGGAAAACAUGUUUUCGUGUUGCAAUGUCUCUUUCAGCUGGAUUAGCUUUUGUUUGGGACCAAAGAUGAUACCCGCGCGGACAAUGUUAGGUGUCAAUUCCCUUCUCGCGUUGACGUUCCAGUUUGGAAACAUUAUGAGGAAUCUGCCGCGAGUCAGUUACGUCAAAGCUCUAGGUAAUCUUCAAACAAUAGUCAGAAUGUUUCUAAAAUUAGAUGCUCAGACGUGUGGAUGCUCGUGUGUCUCACAUUUGUGUUUUGUUCCCUGUUGGAACUUGCAAUCAUCGGAUCAAUGGGUGCGAGGUCUGAGAAUCAACAAGCACAGCAGAAACAACAAGAUGAAGAAGGUGCAAAACAACAGAAAGGCCGUGAAAACAGUACUUGCUCACAUCUAUUGUCACCCUCUUCAUGUCCGAACAGCCCAAGGAUCUGUCGGAAUCAUGUGCCCAACGAAACACCUCAGCAGUCUUUUAAAAAUUACGGAUCCACAGGUUACCCAUUCAAACACUUUCUGCGGCACAUUAUGAUUUACAGACCCCAGAAUGAGGAAACGACUAAUAAUUGCUUCGAGCAGUACGAUUUCACAUGCUCCGAAUGCCAAUCGAGCCGAAAAAGUUCUACUUCUUGAUGGAUUGGAAGAGACGCAAUUCUCUCAAGUGGAAACUAAGUAUAGCUCGAUGGCGUCGAUAAAAAUGAAAAAGGUAAUGCUACUUUUUUUCCAAGCGUGACAAUCUAUUAUAUUUAGAAGUGGACAACGGAGGAGAUUGACCGACUGUCGAUGAUCAUUUUCCCGGGACUGUUCACCGUGUUCAAUAUCAUCUAUUGGACGUAUUACCUCACCAUUAACCCCUGA